CGGAAUUCACGCAAAAAAAACGUAUUGAGUAAAUUAAUAAUUUUUAUUAUUUAAAUAAAUGCAACGCCUUAAAACUCUUACGCAACUGAAAAGAACGUUGUUGUUGCCCUCAUUUCGCACAUACAGCGUAUCAUCGACAUUGCCAGAAUUAACACAGGUACAAUUUAAUGUCAAGCGUGGCAAUUAUGCCGAAUUAAAUGGCAAAGAUGUGACCUUUUUUGAGUCGUUAAUUGGCACCACAAAUGUGUUAAAAGAUGGCGAAGAUGACUUGCAAGGUUACAAUGUGGACUUUUGGCGCACUGUACGUGGCAACAGUAAAUUGGUAUUAAAACCCGGUUCAACGCAGGAAAUUUCUGAAAUUUUAAAAUACUGUAAUGGCAGACGUUUGGCCGUUUGUCCCCAGGGUGGCAAUACCGGUGUAGUGGGAGGAGCUGUGCCAGUAUUUGAUGAAAUUAUUCUAUCAUUAGCUCGCCUAAAUAAAGUUAUUAGUGUCGAUGACAUAACGGGUAUAACAGCCUGCGAGUCUGGAUGUAUAUUGGAAAAUUUGGAUGCUAAGACCAGAGAAUCUGGUCUAGUAGUGCCAAUUGAUUUAGGAGCUAAAUCAAGUUGUCAUAUUGGCGGAAAUGUAUCCACCAAUGCUGGCGGUUUGCGUGUUGUUCGUUAUGGUAAUUUACAUGGCUCUGUAUUGGGACUGGAAGCGGUAUUGGCUGAUGGAAAAGUGUUAGAUCUUAUGUCGGAUUUUAAAAAGGACAACACUGGUUACCAUCUAAAACACAUGUUUAUAGGCUCGGAGGGUACUUUGGGAGUGGUUACCAAAUUGGCUAUUUUAUGUCCACCCGUUUCUGAAUCUGUAAAUUUGUCAUUCUUGGCCCUAAAUUCAUUUGAAAGUGUUUUGCAGACAUUCAAAAAUGCUAAACGUCAUUUGGGUGAAAUCUUGUCUUCUUGUGAAAUGAUUGACGAGAAAUCUUUGGCUGCUAGCUGUGAAAAUUUCAAAUUCAAGUCACCCAUUGAAGGCUUUCCAUUCUACAUGAUUAUCGAAACAUCCGGUAGUAAUGCUGAUCAUGACAUGGAGAAAGUCAAUAAUUUCUUGCAAUAUUGUAUGGAAAAAGGCGAUGUAAUCGAUGGUACCUGCACCAGCGAACCAAGUAAAAUGCGAGAUUUGUGGAAAAUUCGUGAAUUAAUUGCACCGGCAUUAGAUAAGGAUGGAUAUUGUUUCAAAUAUGAUGUAUCAUUGCCGUUACGUUCCUUCUAUGAAAUUGUUAAUGUUCUGGAUAAACGUGUGGGCCAUAUGUCGAAACGUGUUUGCGGCUUUGGCCAUUUGGGAGAUUCGAAUCUUCAUCUGAAUGUUUCUUGUGAGGAGUACUCGACCGAACUGUAUAAAAUGAUUGAACCGUUCGUUUAUGAAUACACAUCGCAAUUGAAGGGCAGCAUAAGUGCCGAACAUGGUAUAGGUUUUCUUAAGAAGAACUAUUUGAAAUUCUCCAAAAAUCCCGAUGCUAUAGAUAUGAUGCGGCAAAUGAAAAAUGUUUUAGAUCCAAAUUGUAUAUUAAAUCCUUAUAAAGUUAUAAAUUAAUUAUAUUUACAAC